GGCGGUGCUUCGGAAGAUGAGUUUGGCGACACCUUUGGAGGGGAGGAUUGUGAGGGGCUUGCAGUGUUGUAUGUAUGCUAUUUAACCAUUGGCAGUAAUGGUCGCUAAUAUGACAGUGAACUUGAAUAUCUGGGGCCAAUGGGAACCGGAGGAGUGGUUCCUGGGUGAGAUUGGGGUUGUUUUCUGUAUUGACAGUCUGCGGGAGCUCAGCAUAAGCGGUGUUCAUCUCCUCCCGGAUGAUCCUAAGAUUGAUAAUCCGGAGAAAUAUCACGGACAGACGCAGCUGGAAAUGUUGGAUGUGAGUGGGUUGUGCAUUGAUACGCAGGCGCUGUGUAAUAUGCUCUCGUUUCCGAAAGCGUUGUUGCAUGUGCGUAUUUAUCAGGUCAAUGAUGAGGGAUACGAGGACAUGCCGGGGGAAUGUGCUACAAUGGAGGGCCUUACUGCGGCUUUGGACAAGCAGAAACAUUCGUUGGAGGUGCUGGAGAUACAAAGGCCACUGAAGAUUAUCGGGAGCCCGCCGAUUGAAGAGUGCACUCUAGAUUUAUCUGGCUUUCCUAAGUUGGAGGAGUAUAUUGGACCCUAUCGAGAUUCAUCCGGAAUAUCCAAAUAGGAUGCCUAUACUGCUUACAAUCAAACCCACUGAUAACUCAACACCGGCACCUCAAACGCCUCCGCCGUACAAGUCGCAUUAAAAAACUCAUCAUGCACACAAUCUAGCCCAAACUCCACACUCC